CCACCGCCGCAAGGCGGGAUGUGCUUCGAUCGCGGUGCCGAGAAAGUGCGCGUGAGUGUGUUGGACACUACUUCGCAGUUUCCGUCAAAGCGGGUCCGUGUAUAGGAAGAAAGUGUAGAGUUUCAGAUAAGCCAAUCUUAAAGUGGCGAUGAUAAACCAAAAUUCGAGAUCAUUCGCAACGAUGUGGAUGUGACUCGAACCGCAAAGAAAAAUAUAAGAUUUAUCACAAUGAAGCAUUUCGAGUCACGUCCACACAAUGUGAACAAUCUCCAAUUUCGGAUUAUCAUCGCCGCUCCAAAAUGGGCUUCUAAAAUUUGAGACAUUUAUCUUGAAAUAUAUAUCUUAUUUCUGAUUAAAUGCACGAUGUAUUUGUCGACCGAUAUGGCCAUGUAAACAUUUUGUAACGAACAGUCAGUGAUUGUCUAAUUUAUUUGGGACGUAAUUCGAACGUUAAGAUGUAAACAAAGCCCUAUGAUAUUCUUCGUGAAUAUCAUAGAGGAACAUGUAGCCAUCGAAUAUGUGUAAGGAAUUGAAGGCACUAAUACACUCGAUUACGAUACCCAACAUGACGAUACGUGUAAUAUUUAUCACUGUUAUAUAAGAUUGUAUUGCAAUCCAGGAUGCGGCAAAAUAAGAACGCCAGUAUAAUAGUAAGUCCGCGAGAGACGAUCGAGGAGAGAUAUCGCGUAAGCCGGUUUUUCCUCAGGUUCGUCGCACCGCGCGCCGACUUUCACGGCAGGAAUCAGUGGCAGCGGUGACCGAUCGCGAAUUUUGCGUCCACGGUGUUGCAAUUAAGGCCGCAUCGGUGGUUUUUCCGUUCGUCAAAAUCUUCCAGCCAUAGAUGAUCCACGGUCUAGGUCAGUCAAGUCCGCGACCAAGUCUGUGACUAUAUUCCUGACAAUUGUCUUGUUGCCGUUCAGAUUAUAUGCCAUCACAAGUUUAAUGAUCCUCGCGUGGCUCUUGGCCUGCUUGGGUCUACACGGAUUGUCCGAGGAGGAUCUCCGACGAGCACCUCUCAAGGGAUGGAGGCGAGACAUGCGCAUCGUGAUCUGCUGGAUGAUGCGGGCGCUAUUUCUCUGCGGUGGAUUUCAUCAUCUGAAGGUCAAGGGCCGGAAGGCGGAGACUAAGGACGCGCCGGUGCUGGCCCUCGCCCCGCAUUCCAGUUUCUUCGAUGCACUUCCGGUCGUGUACCUCGGUGGUCCGAGCAUCGUUGCCAAAGGGGAGAGUAGCCGCCUCCCUUUCUUCGGAAAACUCAUCAAUUACACGCAACCAGUCUACGUGUGGAGAGAAGACCCGAAUUCCCGCCAGAACACCAUCAAGGAGAUCAUCGAGAGGACCACUUCGAAGGAGGAUUGGCCACAGGUCAUGAUUUUUCCCGAAGGCACUUGCACCAACCGGUCGUGCCUGAUCACAUUCAAAUCGGGUGCUUUCUACCCCGGCGUGCCAGUGCAACCGGUGUGCAUCAGAUACCCUAAUAAACUGGACACAGUGACGUGGACGUGGGAAGGUCCUGGCGCAUUGAAAUUACUGUGGUUAACGUUGACGCAAUUGAACAGCAGCUGCGAGAUCGAGUUCCUUCCCGUCUACAAUCCGAGCGAGGCGGAAAAACUGGAUCCUAAACUAUACGCGAACAACGUGCGGCGUCUGAUGGCAGAAGCGUUGAAGAUUCCCGUUUCGGAUUACACGUACGACGACUGUCGAAUCAUCCGGAAAGCUCAUCAAUUGCAUCUUCCACAUGCGUCCAACAUCGUAAAGACCCAUAAACUUCGAUAUAAGUUGGGCUUAGUGGCGUCGAAAACGGAAGAGGAGCUCGUCCAAAAGAAGACAAAUUGCUUCGGCGAGGUAAAUCUGCAGGAGUUUGCGCGAAUCCUCAGACUAGAUGAUAAGGAUCCGACCACUCAGCAACUAUUUCGCAUACACGACACGUUCGGACAGGGAAAAGUCAAUCUUGAGGAGUAUAUCUUCACUGUGCUAGCGACGACAAACGCGUCUUCGGAGUUAGACAAGGUCGAGAUUGCGUUCGAUGUAUGUGGCUCGAAGAGGACGACUUGCCUGAACCAGUCGGAGCUCCGAAAGGCCUUGAGGUUGUCGCUAUGCGUGCAGCCCGAGGAAUCCGACAGGAUCUUCCAAAAGGCGAGGAACGACGAGAACGACGUUACAGUUAGCUUCGACAAUGUUCUUACGCAACUUUCGAAUCGGGCGGAAUAUGCGCAUCUGUUCGCUGUGAGCACCGAAAGUUCGAAGAAGGCCAUUUGAAAGUGUCUUUUAGAGCCUGAUGUUUCCGUGAGAGAACAUCGAGGCAGACCUUUCCACAGUCCCAUUUGCUCUAUCCCCGUAUGAGCGACGAAUGCAGCAACGCUACGGGGAAUCGUGAAGCAAAACUACUUGAUCGUCUACGGCAGUUGCAGUCGCGCCUACGCGAGAACUUAGACAGCUAGCUCAUCUUUUUCCUAAAUUCCCUGUAAAUUAGAGCAAGUCCCGAAGGUUUAGGCGAUAGGAACCUGGAGCUCUAAAAGAGAUCCGAAAUAACCAUAGAUUUGAUAAUUCAGAAAUAUUCAGUUACGAAGAUUCUCUGGAAUCCGAGAUUAUGAAGUGAUACCUGACGGAUCGUAGACUUCCCGAAUUGAGGAUUAAAUAUUCGAGGAUUUUGCGAUCUAAGAAUUUAAUAGAUUUGGAGAACUGAGAGAUCCCGUUUGACAGUUUGGAAAUUUAGAAGAUUUGAGGAAACAACUGUCUUAAUGUUUGCACGUUUGAAGAUGGAACUCAAGCCUUCAGAAGUUUUAGAAUUGAACUUUCAAGGAUCCUGUGGCUCGUUUCCAAGUGAAGACUUUACGUCACGAAGAGAGGAAGCGACUUCUCCAACUUUUUUCUUUCUCUUUCUCUUUUGCUGUAUAGCAAAAAGCACAUGUUAAGCUUGAGGUGAUCGUGAAGCUUCUUUUUAGUUCGAACGGACUCGAGUAUCCAUGACGCAUAACGCUUGGACGUGCAUUUAAGGAAAAUGAAUUUAAGGACGGCAGAUAAUCACGUAAUUUAUUUUCUAGGCCCGAUAUGGUUCACGUCGCGAUAUUCGAGACACAUGUACAGACAUGCACACGCCGAAAUAUACAUAAUACGCUAAGCUGUGUACAUACUUGUUGCACUCGUGAACCAGCACGUAUGUAGGCAUGUACACACAUAUACGCUCAUACACGUACACACGUAGAAAGGUACGAGAUGAGAUUAUGCGAAUCGAUCGCGUAUGCCGUAUACUAUCUAUAGAUGCGCGCGUCAUGUGUGUAUGUGCGUACAUAUGUAUGUAUAUAGAAAGAAGAUAUAGGAGAGAGUGGAUCUCGAAGAGAGCAUCUCACUUUGUAAUAUCCGUACAUCCGAACGAAAUGGCCAAAUUUCGACGAUACAUCGUUAGUAAUGAUAUUCUGAGUUUAAAACAGAUAUGUUGAGUUAUAUAGUGCGAGUUUUUAUUACGAACCAGUAUGUUGAAAAUAACAGUAUUUAUUGAACC